GUGAGAGAUUUGUGGAGACAUUGCUGCUCUGUUUUCUCCUCUGUUUAUUAUUUUUCUCUUUCUCAAGAAUUAGUAAAAAAAAAGUGAGUGAUCAGUCAUGGUAGCAAUAGUGAAAUAUGGAAUAAUUGGUGUUGGGAUGAUGGGAAGAGAACAUUUAAUCAAUCUUUAUCAUCUCAAAUCUGAAGGAGUUUCUGUUGUUGCCAUUGCUGAUCCACAUAUCCCUUCACAAAAAUAUGCACAAAAGUUAGCUGAUUCUUUUGACUGGUCUCUCCAGGUUUUUGCAGGGCACAAGCAGUUGUUAGAAAGUGGGCUAUGUGAUGUGGUUGUAGUUUCAACCCCAAACAUGACUCACUAUGAAAUUCUCAUGGAUAUCAUCAAUCACCCAAAACCCCAUCAUGUAUUGGUGGAAAAGCCUUUGUGCACUAAUGUCUCAGACUGCAAAAAGGUCAUAACUGCUGCCAAAUCGAGAUCCAAUGUGCUGGUACAAGUUGGGCUAGAGUACAGAUACAUGCCGCCUGUUGCUAAACUGAUAGACAUAGUUAAGGAAGGAGCUUUAGGACAAGUGAAGAUGGUGUCAAUUCGAGAACAUCGAUUUCCAUUUCUUGUUAAGGUCGAUAAUUGGAAUCGUUUCAACUGCAAUACUGGAGGUACUCUGGUAGAGAAAUGCUGUCAUUUCUUCGAUCUCAUGAGGCUUUUCAUUGGAGCUAAUCCUGUUCGUGUUAUGGCUUCUGGAGCGAUGGAUUUGAAUCACAAAGAUGAAGUAUAUGAUGGACGGGUGCCUGAUAUAAUUGACAAUGCUUAUGUUAUUGUGGAAUUCAACAAUGGUUGUCGCGGCAUGCUUGACCUAUGUAUGUUUGCUGAAGGAGGUAAAAAUGAGCAAGAAAUAUCUGUAGUAGGUGAUACUGGAAAGGGUGAAGCGCUUGUGCCUGAGAGCAUUGUGCGUUGGGGCACACGAGCUGAAGGAAGAAAUGGUGUACAGACCUUACUAGCUGAAGAUAAGCGAAUAAAAUACGAUGGCCUACAUCACGGUUCAAGCUACUUGGAGCACCUUCAAUUUUUGUCAGCAGUAAGAGCAAGAGGAGAACAAGCUCCUGCUGUUGGUUUACAUGAUGGAUUGGUUUCAGUAGCUAUUGGAGUUGCUGCGCAGCUUUCAAUUCAGAAAGGUCGAUCUGUUACGAUUGAGGAAGUCAUGCAUGAUCAGCUUCUUCAAUCCUCCAAGUCUUGAUUUUCAGCCUUUACAAUUAGAACAUGUAGUAGCAGCAACACAAAUAACAAGGGUCUCCAGAGCUUGAUCUGCCCUUGACUUGUCUAGUAUUCAUCAUACUAUUAUUGAAGAAAUCAUUUCACAAAGUAGAAAGACUUUUUUUUUGAUGACCUAAGUAGAAAGACUUUAAAUA